AUGGCCGCCGGUGGAAGACCCCAGCUGCCCGGCCGCUCCCUCACCCAACCGCACAUCCCUACCACCCCGAGCACCCUGCGACAGAGCCACACCCCAGCCGGCAGCGGCGCCUCUGCAAGUCAUGACGGCGGCGGCGACGACAACGACGUCGACAGAAGCGACCGCCACGAUCCUCCGCUGACCGCGACAGAAUCCUCCCCUUUGCUCGGCAGCUCGAACCCCGAGCAGCGCGGUCUCCCGUACGAUGCCCACGGCACGUUCACGCCGCGGCCACUGAGUCCCGCGCCGAGCUACCAGAGCUCCGUCACGAACCCGGACUCGGCGAGCGCGUCCGAGGGCUCUGCCUCCUACCUCGACAGCUUCAUCACCAGCAUCACGGGCCAGAGCGACCGCGCGACGUGGCGGAGGAGAUGGGCGCGCAAGAUGCGGAGCAAGAGGAUGCGCACCUCGACAGAGCUGGCCGAGCAGCACGGCCUCAAGACCACCAACUUCACGUAUCUUGCCUACUACGUCCCCUGCCUCCAGUGGAUGAGCGAGUACAAGCUGGCCUACCUCCACGGCGACCUGAUCGCCGCCAUCACUCUCGCUGGCAUAUACCUGCCCAUGUCCCUCUCCCUGGCCGAGAACGUCGCUCACGUCCCGCCCAUCCACGGCCUCUACGCCUUCGUCUUCGCCCCGCUGCUCUAUGCGCUGCUGGGAAGCUGCCCGCAGAUGAUCGUCGGCCCCGAAGCAGCCGGUUCGCUUCUUGUGGGCACCGUGGUCAAGUCUAGCAUCGAACUCGGUCGUGGAGGCGAGGACGACGAUCUCCUCCACGCCAAGAUCUGUGGUGUCGUUUCCGGCAUGGCGGCCGCUACCGUCCUCAUUGCCGGCCUUGCUCGUCUGGGCUUCCUCGAUAGUGUCCUCUCCCGGCCUUUCCUGCGAGGCUUCAUCUCGGCCAUUGGCUUCGUCAUCUUCGUUGAGCAGCUCAUCCCAGAACUGGGUCUUUCGCGGCUCAGCGAGAAGGUCAGCCAUGGGAGCACGGUCGACAAGGUGGGCUUUAUCUUCAGGAACCUGAAGAGCACCCAUCGCCCUACCUUUAUUGUGGCGGCUGUCGCCUUUGUGAUUAUUAUGACAUUUAGAGAAACAAAAAGACGGCUAGAACCUAGAUAUCCCAAGAUCGCCUUCCUCCCGGAUCGCCUGGCUGUCGUGGUGUUGUCGGCAUGGAUGGCCUGGUAUUUCGACUGGCAGAGCUACGGCAUCGAGGUUCUCGGUCCCGUAAAGGCCACUUCUGGAGGCUUAUUCACCUUCCGCUGGCCCUUCCAGCCAUCUCACAUGACCCACAUCAAGGACGCGAUGAGCACAUCCUUCCUCAUUGCCCUUCUAGGCUUCUUUGAGUCGUCCGUCGCGGCCAAGAGUCUCGGUGGCCAAGAGAUCUUCCCCCGGCUCCAGCUCAGCCCCAACCGUGAGCUUGUGGCCCUCGGUGCGUCCAACAUGCUCGGUGCUUGUUUCAUGAGUCUGCCUGCCUUUGGUGGAUACGGCCGAAGCAAAGUCAACAAGCAGACUGGUGCCAAGAGUCCCAUGUCAUCUAUCUUUCUGAGCAUGAUCACGGUAUUGUGCAUCAUCUUUCUACUUCCAUACUUUUACUACCUACCGCAACCCGUCCUCUGCGCCAUGAUCAGCGUCGUCGCCUGGUCCCUCAUCGAGGAGGCGCCGCACGACAUCACCUUCUUCUGGCGCAUCUCGGCCUGGAAGGAGCUGGGCCUCAUGUUCAUCAUUGUCGUGGCGACCGUCUUCUACACGCUCGACUUUGGCAUGGCCAUCGGCAUCGGCCUCUCCCUGCUGCAGGUCAUCCGCAACUCGACCCGCCCGCGCAUCCAGAUCCUGGGCCGCAUCCCGGGCACGGAGCGCUUCGAGAACGCCGAGCACCGGCCCGAGCGCCUCGAGUUCAUCGAGGGCUGCCUGAUCGUCAAGAUCCCCGAGCCCCUGACGUUCGCCAACACGGGCGAGCUCAAGACGCGCCUGCGCCGGCUCGAGCUCUACGGCACGAGCGGCGUGCACCCGGCCCUGCCGCGCCUGCGCCGCGAGGCCAUGAACCGCAACAUCGUCUUCGACGUGCACGGCGUCACGGCCAUGGACGGCUCCGGCACGCAGGUCCUGGCCGAGAUUGUGCGCGAGUACCGCGCGCGCGGCGUGCGCGUCUGGUUCUGCCGCGUCGCGCAGGAGCGGCGCGGCGGCAAGGAGCACCCCGUGUGGCGGCUCAUGCGGGACAGCGGCAUCGUCGACCUCGUCGGCGGGGAGAGGCAUUUCGUCGGCGACGUGCAGGAGGCGCUGCGGAUGACGGAGGUCGAGGACGGGGAGGACCUGGGCGUUGCUGAUGGGGUUGGUACGGCGACGGUGGUUGCUGCUACCUGA